AUGUCUAAAUUCACCAUUUCUACUUCCCAGCUUUUGUCUGCGGACAAGCUGAAGCUGAAGGAGCUAAGAUACGAAGCCAAGACCCAAUUCUACCAGUCUCACGUUCUUGACUUUGUAUCCUGCGAUGUUGCUCUCGAAGACUUUAUCGAUGACUACAUUCAGGGAUACUGCAAGCUCCAGAACUGCGUCACUCCAUCAUCUUCGGUCUCCUUCGCCUCAGACGACGCUUCAACGAGGCCCAGGUCUAGACUGAGACGCCUUCUUCAAUGCAUCACCAGAAAGAAGCUCUAG